ACUGACUGACACGGGCUGCCGGACAGACAGACGGACCGGGCUGCCGCCGCCGCGCCGCACGGAUUAUUCACCCCACGUCGCGGGGACGCAGGAGACCAUCCGGUCAGCCACCCAGCGCGGCAGCUGGGCGGUGGCGGCGCCGCGGGGGGCCGAGAGGAUCCGCAGCCCUCGGCGGCGGACGGAGAGCGCCCUGGGUGCUGGAGGAGCCCGGCCAGUCAAUGAACAAGCAGACUCAAGGCUCCAUCUACUGGCGUUCAGAAUCACCGGCCAGCGUGCUUCUUUCUUGAACGCGCUGCCCUCCGACAGACUUGUAUUAGUUUCUUGGCUGCAAAGGGCCAGAGACACUUUGUGCCCUGAUGGGGGACUCUGGAUCCAGACGAUCGACUCUGGUGUCUCGGUUGCCAAUAUUCAGGAGAAGCAUUACCCGGAGACAUGACUCUCUUCCUUCCUCACCUUCUUCUGCUAAUGCCGUCGGCGUCCACACCUCCUCCCCAUCCAGCACUAACUCCAGCUCAGGGAGCACAGGCAAGCGCCGCAGUAUUUUCCGCACUCCUUCCAUUAGCUUCCAUAACAAGAAGGGAAGUGAGCAGAAGCCUGACUCGGCUGGUCAAAAUGUUAACAUCUCAAACGGUGCCCAGUCCUCUCCCAGCACUUUUCAGAAACUGAGCUUAGAGGAGCACAUUAAAAGCAGAGGAAGGCACUCAGUUAGCUUCAGCAGCUCCCGUAGCAAGAAGAUCACAAGGUCACUGACGGAUGAUUUUGAAAGGGGAAAGGAACCCUCGGCCAAUAAGAAUGUGUUUAUAAAUUGCAUCAGCUCUGGGAAGAACGAGGGUGACGAUUCAGGCUUUGCAGAGGAGCAGAGCCGGGGCUCUGUCAAACAGUCCACGCGAAAACUUCUCACUAAAUCUUUUUCCUCACAUUACAAACUUUCCAAACCUGUUCCAGAGAGUCGGUCGGUUUCGUCUGCGCAGCCACCAAGGUGUUUGCUGGAGAUCAAAUCGCAUGUGGAAAGUGAACCUAUGAUUGCCAAGUCCUCUCUUCCAUGCUCAGCUGAGACGACAGAGUGCAUGGGAAGCUCCUUGCAGUCCCCACUUCUCUCAUCUGAAAUCACAGCUGCCCAGACCCCGUCUGACUUUGUUGCGCUGACAGAGGACUCUGUUUCGGAGUUUGAUGCUCUGCCCAGCAACAGGACUGGGGGUCUGCUUACAGAAGAUUUUGGCCACGUUGACUCUACCUCUCAGGUAUCCCUUAAUCCUGCUGCUGCUCCUGCCAGGGCAAUAGAUAUUGUGGAAAGUGCUGGUGAUUCUGCUGAUGUACUUCAGGUGAGCCAAGCAAGCUCGUGUAGCAUCGAAUCUGACACCUUAUUCAAAACUUCGGCUGCUAUUCAAACAAAAGUGCUGUUGCAAGCCAGUGAACGACACGUGAAUGGUGCUGGGCAUACAGAAGAACUCAGCUUGACAGAUGCACAGUUAGAAACCUUUGUGCUGCAGCAUAGAGAAGAACCAGUGACACUCUCUCUAAAGGCACAGGGGUUGAGUGGGGCCAGAGGUGAGCACAUGCCACCUGAGCACACGAAAGAGACAAUUCCAGUAAUGGAGUCUAAGAUUGUUCCAUGUUCUGAAACUCAGUCCUUUAAAACACAGCAAAGUUAUGAAACAAAGCACUCUAAAGUUGAUCUUGCCAACAGCUUCAGUCCAUGCCGGGAAGGCAGAUUUGUUGAGAAGCGCCUGAGGUCCUCAUCAGAAGGUACAACAGGAGGCAGUCGGCUGAUCAUAAAACCUAAGGAUGGAAAUGUAGAAGAGCUCAACAGCCUGUGGAAGCAGAGGGCAAGCUCGUCCUCUUCAAAAAUGAACAGCCUGGAUGUUUUGAAUAACUUGGGUUCCUGUGAGUUGGAUGAAGAUGACCUAAUGCUUGACUUGGAGUUCCUAGAAGAACAACAUCAUCAUCACUCUGUUUGCCGGGAAGACUCCUACCAGUCGAUAGUCUCAUGUGCUGCUCUAGUGCUAACCCCUGUAGAGCCAUCAGUGGAUACCAGGAAAAAAGACCAGGCAGUAUUGCCUGAUGUGUCUAAACAGAACCUAUCUCUGAAGCUGUCAAAGGAGAUAGACCAAGGAGAAGCCAGGCACCCUCGUGUGAGCCAGCUGGCUGGCAGCCCGUCUCUGGAGUGGCCUUUUACUGGUCUGGAAGAAGGUGGAGGCAUUGAAUCUUUGCCCUUCAGAUUGAUGCUACAAGAUUGCACAGCUGUGAAGACAUUGCUUCUGAAAAUGAAGAGGGUUCUUCAAGAGAGUGCAGACAUGAGCCCAGCUAGUAGCACCACCUCACUCCCCGUUAGCCCUCUUCCCGAGGAGCCGUUAUUUUUCAAGGAUGGAAUGAAAGAUGAAUGCUCCGUGCUGAAGCUGCAGCUGAAGGAGAGAGAUGAACUCAUAACCCAGCUUCGUGAGGAGCUGGAAAAGGCUCAGUGCAUUCAGAAGGCUUUGUCUUCCCAAGCAGAUAAAUCCACGCAGACAGAGCUCGUGGGCCAUGAUGGCACAGCAUUUGGAAGUGCUCCUGUACCUUCUCGCAGGCAGUUAUGCUACCUACCCAAACAAAACGGUGAGCCAAAGCCUCAGCACAAGGGACAGAAGGUCAGCACAUAUUCCCACCGAGGACCCUUUUAGAUGCUCACCAGGCAACCAAGCAACCCCCUGUGAGAGCAAGAGCCGUCAGCUGUCCGGUUUGUGUCUGAGCAGCCUCCUGAAAGAGGAUGAGCUCGUAGAAGUCAUCAAGCAUACCAGAGGCACCUGUGAACCCCUGGCUUCGGAGGUGGCGCAGAAUGGCUUGGCGAGCACAGCCCCCAGCGCAGCACAGGCAGCAUGCAAGGCAGACAGCUGCCCACUCUUCUCAGGAGCUCCCAAAGAGCAAAGCGCUGUGCCUCGCCAGCACUCUGCUUUCACAGGCAGGCUCGGGCAGCCUCCAAGGGGACCCAUCUCUUUACACACCUACAGCAGGAAAAAUGUUUUCCUCCACCACAACUUACACACAGCAGAGCUACAGACCUUGGGUCAACAGGAUGGGUAAAAAGGUGCUCCUGCUCAUGCUGUGGGAGGAGAGUCGAUGAAAGAGGAGCAUAAGCUCGCCUGCAGCUCAGUCUUCAGUUUUCAUCUGCUGCUGCUUGCAUCUGAAAAGAAACCAAAAUGAAAAAUUAAUGUUGCCUGUAGGUUCCGUACUUCCCCAGCUGGGGCUGUGGCAAAAGGGAGAACUGGAUGGUUUAUCCUGCAGAAGUCACUGUGGGUAUAACAAACGGGCCCGUUUGGCUGGCAUUGCUAGUCAGGAUUGGCUACAUUUUUCAUUUGGGUUGGGUUUUUUUCCUUUCUAAGCCAUUUUCAUCCCCUGAACUUCUAGACAGUGGUCCUAAAUAAUACUUUGUACCCUUAAGAAUGUUACUGUUAAAGUAGAUGUGAGGAAUGAGUAGGCAAGUAAUUAGUAAUCCCUCUUGAAUUUCACAGGGACUAGGGAAAUAAGGAGUUAGAAAUCCCUGGGGAGCCUCUCUGUAGGCCUUUGUAAGCAAUCAGUGACGUUUGCUCACUUGCAGAGGUCUGUUGCCAUGUCCUGCUGUGUGCAUUUCAUGGAUGCCUUGUGCCACAGGCAGGGGAAGUGGCUGAUUCUCCUCUGACAGCAAGGUUCGUGGAGGUUCAGAAGUCUCGGUCAGGAACUGGACCUCAAACUGAGGAUGCCAACGUGGUUCAGUGAUCUGCCCUUCCCUCUGCCCUCCCUCAUUUUGAGUGGUUCUGUUCUGUCAGGACGUGUCAAGUUGUGGUGGUAUCUGUGUGCACAGGGCACUGUAUCACUCACAAAGCAGUGUGACAUUCUGUGCUGGGUAAUAGAUCCUCUACCUUCAUGCUGCCCAACCGAAAAUGGGUGAAAGACUAAAGGAAGAGAGGUUGUCUUAUUACCCAGUCCAGAUGCCCCAUGUACAUCAUCACCAUCAUUUCUGCAGACUUUGUCAUCUGCACUUAACCACCUGGCUCAUACCAGCUCAGCAGCGUUGCUGCUCUUGGCAUGUUCCAAGGGAGAGGAACCUUAGCUGCCACACGAGCAGCAUGCUUGAUCUCAGUGGCAGAGGAAAUCAUCUGCUCCCACCAGAGAAUCUGAGCACUUGUCAGUAAAAACAAGAUGCUGCUUUAUCACUUGAAAACAGGCAUCUCAGCCAAGUGCAACCUCCCUGGGGGUGAGGAUGUGUAGUUAGUAGUUUAUAAAUACUCUGGAGUAUCUAGGUCUGACUGAGUCAGGUCUGGGGCAAGGCCCCUCACUCUUCAGCUGGGGAUCAGUAGUGAAAAAGAAGGGUGCAGCACACACUCACACCAAGGAACCAUCUGGUGUGACUUAGCUGGAGCUGAGGGAGCUGGGGGUGUGCAGCCUGGAGAAGAGGAGGCUCAGGGGGGACCUCAUUGCUGUCUACAACUACCUGAAGGGAGGCUGUAGCCAGAUGGGGUUGGUCUCUUCUCCUAGGCAACCAGCACCAGAACAAGGGGACACAGUCUCAAGUUGUGCCAGGGGAGGUCUAGGCUGGAUGUUAGGAGGAAGUUCCUGCCAGAGAGUGUCUUUUGCUAUUGGAA